AUGGAAUUCACCCCUCUCACCAACUCCACAUUAUCUGAUCUAUCGCAUCUCCAUCUCAGUGUGCACAUCGCAGACUCCAUCGCAUCGCCUUUUUUUCCACACUCACCACAAAAACACACCAUGUCUUUGGAUGUGCCCUCUUUAGGCGAGACUUUCACUCUCACAGAGUUGCCUCGGAUCCCCGAUCUUCCUCUCUCGGCCCGCGUUGUCAUCCCUGAGUCGCAAAAGAACAUCUCGCUUGAUGAGACAGACACCAUCGAUCUAGGAAUCUCCAAGCUGAUCUUUUCCUCCUAUGUCUUGAAGCCAACCCCAAAAUUGGUCUGGUCAUACCCGUUAUCUCCUUCCACCAUCAUCGAUAGUAUGGACGUUAAGGAUUCGCUUUACUUGAUUGGGCUCACAGAACGCAAGAAGAGCCGGCUCUCUUUGGUGCGCAGAACCAUCGAGGCUUCUGAAGCAUCGGACCUCAAUAUUCCAGCAUCUGCAGUGGCCAUCAAAUUUGCUGCUGGAAAGGCUUACGUUUUGCUCAAGAAUGGAGACUUGAAAUUGGCAUCGUAUGAUUCAGAGCUGGGUACGUUUUCAGAUGACAGCGAACUCGUUUCCGCUGUUGCAGGAAGUCUCAAUGUCAAGAGUUCAAAAUCAAACCUGGUGGUAUUCUACACUUUCAUCUCCAACCACUCCUUCUCCCACAAGAACGACCUUCUUUUCUACAUAACCCAGACCCCAAAGGCAAAGUCUCUCGCCUACAACCUAAUAGCAUUGGAUGGAGCAAAGUCGUUUGAGAUUUUCCUGAUUUCAAGCAAGAAACGUUUUGAAAGCACUGUUUUUUCAUACAAUGAUGGUGUUUUGUAUCAUUUCGACCCAUCAACCUUCCAAUUGACGUCGCGCGCUUUGAUGAAGCCUCAUGAGAUUGUCCGCUCCAUUGAUUUGAAUGGUCUCUUAAAGGACUCCAGUAAUGAUGAGCUUUUCUCCUUGAGUGCCAUAGCUCCAGAACGUCUUCUUCUCUCUCACAGAUCGCUGAUCUACAUGAUCAACUUCAAAUACGGCAGUUUGUUGAGUGAACACACAAACCAUUCUGGUAACCAGGUAUAUCUUGUAUUCAGUCUCGGUGUCCAGGGCAACAACAACGACCUGAGAAACUCCUUUGCAUUGUACUUGAAUCUCGAGCACAGUUCCAAACUCUGUAAAUUGAAACUGAUCCAAGUUGAUGUGGGACUCAAUCAAUUGAGCGAGUCUCUUGGAAAAGCCAUUAAAACCGAUUCUAAGGAACGUUGGAAUGGUCUACCUAAUAUCGGAGCAGAAGAUUUGAUUUCUUCCAACAAAAAGCACCUCGAAAAAAUGGAGUCAGUCUAUGCUUCCUUAGAAAAAGCUAAACUCGCACAAGACUCAAAAAAAUUCGAUCAAACUCUUCUUGCAUUCCUCAAAACAACGGAGGCAACUUCAGGUCUCCCAAAAUACUCACAUGCAUCAGAUCGUGUAGUGGAUCACAGAUUCAUCGAGCAGGUUUUAUCAUUAUUUGUGUCAUUGGAUGACCAAGGUGAUGUCCAAUUUGUACAUGAGGAGCUCAUUCCAACAGGAACUUUGGCCUACCUCUUGACUCAUCCUCUUUUCCCAGUUGCUUAUACCAAGGGCUUGUUGGUUCUUCUCUCAUCUUUGGAGGAAACUGAUUUGUUGAAGCGUGCUAUACAGCUAUGCAAACCAAUUACAAUCGAUGAGCUCAUGACCGAAUUGAUCAAUUUGACUGAGGUCAGCGAGGAAAUAAGCACCGAAGGUGAUAGUCAGGAACUCGAAUUCGUUGCUGAAUUCUUGAGAGCCACCAUUGACCGUUUAAUCAAGGACCACUCUUUGCCAAGCAUCACCGCCAAGUUACUGGAGAAAUUGAACAACGAUUUCGAAAUCGACAACAAAAAGUUGGAGCGCAUGCUCGAUAUCUUCAUCAACUUGAACACAAACAACUCGUGGACACUUACACAGGCAGUUAUUGAUGUGGGUGGUCUUUUCAAUUGGAAGGUUCCUACCAUCAGCGCUUUGAGCGAGGUGAUCGACUCAAAAAUCGAGGCACUUACCGAGAACAGCUACAACUUGACAUUGACCAACCAGGCCAUUUUGGCACGCGAACAAAUUCAGAGCAAGAAGAAGAAGAAGGCUACUCAAUUUGUGGUGGACAACAUUCAUGAGAUUACCAGUCAAAGAGUGCAAUUGGAUGCCAUCUUGACCAUGAGCAACAACACUACAAACAAAAAGUUGAUGGUUGAUGAAGGAAUCGAAUUGGCUAAACAAAUUCCAUCCUACUCUAAAGAGCGGUUGAUCUUUUAA